AUGACUGUUAUCGACUCUUGUGCCCACACUGUUGGUUACCCUCUACCCGAUGACGCCGCUACCAGCAAAAGCCAGACCAUCUUCAAUCCCGAAGCCCGUCAAACCGUCGUGAACGUGCUCAAUUCCCUCCACCCCGAGCUCAAGGACAUUUCUGAUUACCUGCACGCCAACCCGGAACUCGCUUGGAACGAAACCAAGGCGCAUCACAAAAUCACAAAUUACCUUACCACCAAAGGGUACACCGUAACAGACGUCUCCGAGUAUCCAACGGCCUUCCGGGUGGCCCACUCGCGUGGAAAUGGGGGACCCGUCUUCGGCCUCAACUCGGAGUACGAUGCCCUUCCUGGCAUUGGCCACGCCUGUGGACACAACUUGAUUGCAAUUUGUGGUAUUGGUGCCUUCCUCGCUGUUGCGGCAGCAAUGGACAAGCACAAUAUUGAGGGCACGGUUGUGCUUAUUGGCACUCCCGCGGAGGAGAAAGGAUCUGGCAAGAUUGACCUUCUCAAGGCUGGAGCUUACAAGGAUCUUGAAGCGUGUAUGAUGCUCCACCCCGCCAAGGGCCCGAUGACCGGCACGGGUGCCGCUGUUGUUGGCACGUUUGCGCUCCGUCACCUGACGAUCGAAUACUUUGGCAAGCCAGCACACGCCGGUAUGGCGCCAUGGGAGGGUGUCAACGCUCUUGACGCAGCGACAAUCGCGUAUGCCUCGAUCUCGGCACUUCGUCAGCAGCUAAAGUCGGAGACUCGCGUUCACGGCGUUAUCACCGACGGAGGCUCUGCUCCCAACGUCAUUCCUGCGCACACCGAGCUGAAAUAUAUCGUGCGCGCGACAACGGACAAGGAAGUCGGCAAGACGUUGGACAAGGUGGUCGCCUGUUUUGAGGGUGCGGCACAGGUAUCAGGCUGCAAGGUCAAGAUCAGUGUGACGGAUCCCGUCGCCGAGCUCCGCAACGAGCGGACACUUGCUACCGAGUUUGCACAUGUCAUGCAAGACGUGUUUGGUGCCAAGGUUAUCCUUGCCCUCGACAAACCGUACGGUGGAAGCACCGACUUUGGAAACGUUACACACGUACUUCCUGGAUGCCACCCAGUGUUCAAUAUUGAGGCGGAUGGCCUGAACCACACUCCCGACCUCAGGUUCACAGCAGGCGCUGGCUCUGCAGACAGCGUCGCCGAGGCCAUCAAGCACACUAUCGGAAUGGCUUGCACCGGCAUGCGUUUCCUCGCUGACCCCGAAUUUGCUACACAGGUCAAGAGGUCGUGGGAAAGCAUGAUGACAAAGGUCAAUAUCGAGUAG